UAUUGCGCAUGCGACGACGACGUUCCUGCAACGUCCGAGCUGUGUUGCUGAUUGGCAAUAUUCGCGGUGACAAGUCUCUCUCGCUCUGUUGUACCCGUGUUCGCGUGUAAGCUGGGGAAAGAGGCGAGUUAAAGUGGCGGAAGUUCAAGCGACCUUUAAUGAAUUGUACUUAAUUGCAGCUACGCGUCCGUUAUAAACGAUAGUACUUAAUGAGCAAUGAGCGGUCAAAAAUUUCAGUAUGACGAGAGCGGAGGGACGUUUUUCUAUUUCUUGUUAUCCUUCUUGGCACUGCUUCUCGUCCCAAGUACAUUUUAUUUGUGGCCACGUUGCCCGAAGCCAGAUCCGAAUCAGAUAGUAAAGGAAUGCCACUGCGAUGGGUGUAAAAAGAAAAAAGUUAUUCUCCAAAAAAAUGAUCCUUGGAAAGAAACGAAGGCACUUUUUAGGAAAUUUCUUAUUAUGUGUGGAUGGGCGUUACUUGCCUUCCUUGCGUAUAAAGUUUCGCAAUUCGAUUAUGAAAUGACCAAUUUUGAUCCUUAUGAAAUAUUGGGUGUUUCACCCAGUUCUUCGGCUGGGGCAAUCAAAAAAGCUUACAGGCAGCUUUCUUUAAUUCUUCAUCCCGAUAAAGAAACUGGUAAUGAGAAAGCAUUUAUGAGACUAACAAAAGCUUAUCAAGCAUUGACUGAUAAAGAAGCGAUGUCAAAUUGGGAGAAAUACGGCAAUCCCGAUGGACCGGGUGCUAUGGGUUUUGGCAUAGCACUGCCAUCGUGGAUUGUUGAAAAGGAAAAUUCAAUGUGGGUCUUAGGUGCCUAUGCCCUUGUAUUUAUGUUAGCUCUACCGACCGUCGUAGGAAUGUGGUGGUACAGAAGUAUACGUUACACUGGUGAUCAAGUUUUAUUAGCUACGACCAAAAUGUACUAUGCUUUCUUCCACAAUACUCCAACAAUGACAUUAAAAAGAAUAAUUAUGGUUCUUGGAGCCUCGUUUGAGUUUGAAAAAAAAUAUAAUACAGAUAUUAUUGAAAGGUUAUCGGACAAUGAAGAAGUACCUGCAUUAAUUAGACAGUUGCCGAAUUUAGGGGAAAAAAACAAAGAGUAUCCAUUGUGUCUAAUGUAUUCUAUUAAAGCAAGAGCUUUAAUACACGCUCAUUUAUCACGUAUGAUAUUGAAUCCAGAUACAUUGGAGAAGGAUAGACAGUAUAUUGUAAAAAAAUGUCCAUAUUUAAUACAGGAAAUGAUUUCCUGUGUAAAUCAAUUAAUUGUAUUAGCUUAUGCUAGGCAAGUUCAACACUUGCCAACUAUAACAACAAUUGAAAAUUGUAUGAGACUUUGUCCUAUGAUUGUACAAGCAUUUUGGGAAUUUAAAAAUCCUUUGUUACAACUACCUCAUAUCACGGAAGAUCAUCUUAAAUAUUUUAAGGCCAAGAAGGUGAAAAGCCUUCAGGAAUACGCUCAACUAAAGCGUGAAGAUCGAAGAUCAAUUUUACGGGGCUUGUCAGAUAGUCAAUUCGAUGAUGUAAUGAAAGUCUUAGGAAACAUGCCUUUUAUCGAUUUUAAAGUUCGAUCAGAAGUAAUCGACGACGAAAAUUCUACUGUAUACACAGCGGGUGCUAUUGUAACUGUAACAGUAACUCUUACACGUACAGAUAUGGCGCAUUUAUUUGGCGAUGAUACAAUUAAGGAGAAGACAUUGAUUGAAGAAUCUAAAACUGAGGCAGAUAAAGAGGAAGUAGCUGAUGAUCAAAAUCAAACGGUCACCAAAAGGCCUGCGUGGUUAAGACAGCGAAAAGUUCAAAAGAAAUCGCAUAGUAAAAAAGGAUCAAAUAAAAAAGGAGCCCCUCCUAAAACAACCACGACCACCAUAGCCGCUGGUGAUAAUGGUUUAUCUAGUCAGCACACUAAUUCGUCUCCAAAAUCGAAGAAAGAUAAGGAGUCCAAUAAGGAUAAUAUCAAAGAAAAAAUAAAUGGUCUUUCUAAUGUAGAUUCAGACGCGAGCGAAAGCGAGGCGCACAAAAGCGAUAGCAGCGACGAUGAUAACAGCUCGCACGAGAGUACAAAGAAACAACAAGAAUCGGAAGUCGGCGAAGACGACGACACCGAGUGGAAUAAGUUUCAACAGCGUUUAUCGAAGCGCGACCGAUUGCUCGAUGGUCGCAGUAAUUACUCUCAUUUAGUACACUCGCCUUAUUUCCCCGAUGUCAAGCAGGAGUACUGGUGGAUUUAUAUUUGCGACCGUAAGAGCUUAACCCUCCUCACGGCGCCAAUUCACGUUACUUCGCUCAUCGACACCGAGGAAUUCCAAUUACGUUUCACCGCGCCUCUUUGGCCUAACAUUUAUACUUUUACCGUCUGUCUACGCAGCGAUUCAUAUUUGGGUUUUGAUCAACUACACGAUAUUAAACUGGAUGUAAAGGAGGCUGCAGCCAUUCCUACCGAUCAUCCACAAUGGGAAAUGUCUGACGAAGAGACAGAAGAAGAAGUCGAUGCCGCCGAUGAACAUUCCGAGUUCACGACUGAUGAAGAUAUCAGUGAUAACGAAUGAACACUUAUUGUGUCAAAUGAAGUAAAAAAAUACAGGCAAUGUGCAUCUAUGCACCGCGCAAUUAUCAUUGUGAACCUGAUGGAUUUUAUUUUUAAUUAACGAAAAUGAAAGAAAAGAAUAAUUAUUAAGCAGAGAUAAAACAAAU